CCACCAACUAAAGCCUAACAUAAUGUCCAAGAAACUCCCAACUAUAUCCGUAACUGCCGACAAGCGAUCCACCCAUUCCGACUUAUCCUCCUCAUCGUCAUCCCACGACACAGAUAGCAAUGACAUGGACUAUGGGCGCAAUGGCGGCGGGGGCGUAACCGAUGUCGAAGAUUUCGACAGUCAGGUGGAGGUACUAAAACCAAGCUCCCGUCGAAAUUCUUGUAACUCCUCCCUGAAGCCCAAAGCUCAUCCCAAAGCGAAUAUGGGAGACAACGAUGUGACUGAUGUGGAGGACUACGAUACAGAAUCGGAAGAUGAUGAGAAGAGCACAGCAUACCCAGAACUAAAGCUGUCGCUAAGAGAGUUUCUCCAACAGGGACUCCAGAACCAAGAAGCCGUCGAUAAUGAUGCCAAGGAGAGCUGUGAAAUAAAAGCCGGAGAUUUCGUGCAAGCACAAAACCUGAAUGGUCUGGCAGACUAUCUGACUGAUUGCGAGGACUACGACACCGAUUCCGAAGUUGGAUUUGGUUGUGAGAAAUCAGUAUGCGUUGACCUGGAUCAAGCUGUGGGAGAUCAGGGGCGCGUAAACAUAGCAGAUGGCGAGAAGAACCAAGACGACUCCGAUCAAUAUGAAGAUGUUUCUGUGAUUAGUGAUAUAAGCGAUUUGGCCUCAGCCAUGUCCGAUUGCACAGGUAUUGCGGUGCGUGGCAUGUCCGAGGAUGAAGUUUUGGAGGUAUCCGAUAGUGGUCACGAAGAGGUUUGCAACAUUGCCUGUUCCGAAUCCGAGUCUGAGUCUGAGGGCGCAGCUGCUUUGAGCCAGAGUGCAAGUGAGACUAGUUUUCCACCUAUUGAUGUGGCCUUCGUUAGUGCCAGCGGACAGCCACGUCGAAACUCGAAGUGCAGUAUACCCACGCCUGGACAGAAAAAUUUCCUUCAGCUGGCCUCAAAAAACGAAGAGGUUUUAACUGACGUUGAGGGUAUCGACGACUCUGCCGCCGAAGAUAGCUUUGACAACGAGGAGGAGGACGAACAACCCAUACCACGUGCCAUAAUCCUUGCGUCUGGCGAUGAUGGGACCUGCCUUACUGAUGUCGAGGACAUGUUCUGUGAAGACAGUUCGCUAUCCACCAGUGGUGAACCGGAAAUUCGUUCAAUCUGCCACGAGGUCUUACCACUGCCCCAUCGCGAAGUAGUGGAACUGAAGGAGGACAAGUACGGGGACACAAUAACCAAUGUUAUGCCCAUGGACACCAACUACGAGUUUGGCAUUUACAACCACCUGAAGGAUAUGAUUCACACCGAUUCCGAGGACUAUUCGUGUGCCGAUGAGUGGAGCCUUCAACAUUCAGUUGCUGAGGAUGCAGCAAUGGGAGGACCGAGUCUAAUUGAAAACGAAGUAAUUGUAUCCAAUGAACUAUUGAAACAGCAGCAAAACAAGCGUCUGGAGGUACAGACCAAUGCCGAGUCCGUAACAGAUGUUGAGGAAAUCUUCGUGGCCGGAAUAAAUCGCCGCAAGAAGUUGAAGACCCGGACUCUAAGCAAGGGCAAGAAUAAACUACUGGACGCCGUGAAGGGCAAAGAGGAUGGAGUCACAGACGUCGAGGAUAUGGACCUAAGUGAAUGCGGUUUACCUUUGGGCGUGAAGCGCGUGGAGCAGCUGAAACAACAGGCAAAGGGAUCAAAUGCGGACAAAUCCUCAGAAUCAGAGGAUGUAUCCACCGAUGAUGUCUCCGACAUCUCCGAUGUCUCCGACGUACCACCGCUAUCGACAGGUGAUAGAACCAGCGGCAAGACAAAGCCACAACCGCAUCACUUCCGUCUGCUUAAGGAUGAUAUGAUAAAUCAGGAACAUACCGAUGUUGAGGACGUUCAAUUGCCCUCGGAUGCGGAGGAUGCUCUGGAACCACCGGCCGUUCCAGUGGCCAACAGCAACAGUAAGGAGCUGAAUGAUAUGUUGAACGAGAGCUAUACGGUGGUGCACGAGAAGAGUGGUCGCUGUUUCAACAGCGAGGCCGAGAAGCUACAUGCUAAAGGCGUCAUCCGAGAUGCCCAUACCGACGUUGAGUAUGUUGAGUCUGACGAGUCAGCCGCCAGGGGAGGCAACUAGCGUGCUGCCCGUGUCCUCAGCCAAUCCGACUCGAGUCAGUCCCAAGCUGUUGCCAAAAUAUAUCUCAACAAUAGUUAAUAAGUGUUCAUAGAUACGAAAACCCAACACACACACUCUCAAGCAUUUUAAACCCUUCAGGAAAGAAAAGUAGACCUAUCCAGUCUGGACACCGCAAAGAUCUCACAUGAAAUUGGUGAUGUUAAAGUUGGU